UGCAAGAACCCUGGGCCCUAUGGACGAGCAGAGACCCUGAUGGCGCUACCAGCUUCAACAUGGCAAGGUGUCUGACGGACAUUGACGAGGACAUCGUCAAUCUGGAGGACCAGGAAGGGGACGUGAAUGAGGGCACCGAAUGCCCCAUCUGUCUUCUGGCCCUGGAGUUGCCUCUGCGCUUGCCCUGCUGCGGCCAUUUAUUCUGCUUUGAGUGCAGCUGGAGCAGAUUGAAUCGCUGCGCUAUGUGCCGAACUCCAGUGCCACGCGAAUUCUUGGACAAGCCCGAAGAGUUCCUCAGCAGUCCCCUUCCACAGCCAGCCACACAGUUCAGCUGGAUUUUUAAGACCAGCGCCGGCUGGUGGCGUUUCUCGCCGCGCCAGGAGCAGGCGAUAAGGCGGGCGUUGCGUUCAGGCACACCUGAGCUCAAACUCAUCGUCGCGGGCAAGGAGGCUACCUUGGAUUUCAAAUCGCUUUUAAUUAAGCAAAAUCUCAAGGUAGGCGCCAUUACAAUUGCCCGCAAUGGUAGCUUCGACGCUCUUGGGGUCGCUGGGCUCAAACACUGGCCGGCCUCUCCGUGACCGGUGGCUGCCAAGAAAACGAAGGUGAUCUCGCCGCGUGGUGGAUAACACACGUCCCUCGCGCGCCCAUUCCUCGUCAAUAUCGUGUACAUUUUUGUACAUACUAAGUUCCUACUAAUUAGUUUAUCAAUUAGUAAGUAAAGUCAAAAAUGAUAAUUUUAGAUUUUUUUUUUUAAUUUUAAUUUGUAAAAGUGAUUUUCGGCAUUUUUAACUUUUUUUAGCAUAAAUUUUGUACAUAAUUUAAUUUAGAUGUACAUAUCCUGAUUCCUAUAAAUAGGAAAGUGUUAUAAAUAUUUUUUGUCUGGCGGAUUUCUUCAAACACUCAAACCUUUCUUGUCACAAAUCAAUCUCUGCCAAGAUCCCAAAAUGUUUGCUACUGUGUGCCGUUGUGGCAGGUGCAACUAUAGGCACACGGAUCGCGCUUGUUCGCUUGUGUGCUUCAUUGGCACUGUAGAGAGCGUGCGGUCUCUGGGCAUCAUAGCGCCCAAAUUUGGCUAGGUAAUUUCCUAAUAAUUCGUCCGCCUCAAAUGACCCUUAUGACACAGCACAGAAUAUUAUUAUUCCUGCCUGACAUUUCAAUGAUUACCUCCACAAGUUAUCAUUAAAUAUGUGAUGGCACAUUGUUCUGAUGAGAAAUGUCGGAAGAAAAUUUAAAGUGCUUUUGCGGGUCACACAUUUACGGCUGGAUGGGAAUACCUCUUUUUUUCUGACCGCCUUGGAUUUGCUCAUAAAAUGUGUACCUAAAAAUCUUGGCUAACAUGAGACAAACGCCGCAGGUUUCGUGCAAUAGUAGUCUGUAUACCAAGUCGGAAUAUUUUAAAUUUAACCCAUUUACGGAAUGUGUUAGAAAAUGUGAAAGAUAUGUUUCUAUACUUUUGUGGUAUUAUCUUUAAUUGUGUCCCUUUAUUGAGAACACGCUCGUGAAUUCAGCUGUGAAUUCUUAUACUUGUGAAGUAUUUGAAAUGACUGACCUAUUUGAAAAAUAAUAAAAUUUGUUGAUAUGUGCGU